CCGUUGAAGCCAAACGUCAGUGUUCUGCGGCUGAACCGUUUAGUGACUUUGCUGCUAGCUUUUGUUCGCUGCGCGUCAAAACUCGCACCUAACAGCUAAAAAUACUCCAGUAGGCGGACAUUAAGUGACCCAAACCAGCGGAUAAAUGUGACACCUCGGCUGUUGUUGACCACGAUAAAAACAGAAGGGACAGCUUCCGUGCUCCUGCCGCCGCCGCCUUUCCCCGCCGCCUUUCCUCGCCGCCUGCCUCCACGCUCCAUGUCUGCCUGCCUCCUCUGGUCAUAACCAUGGCGACGGUGAUCCUGCUCCGGCCGUGUCGCUGAGCCGCCGCCGCCCCGCCGCCGCCGCACCAUGGAGAGGAAACGCCGAAAGAAAUCCGUCUAGCUCCCCGGCCUUUCGCAAAAUGGACUCGUAUCUGGAGCUGUGGACCUGAGCCUCCAGCAGGUGUUCGCCGCCCACAGUUUGCUUCCCAGCCCGACAUGCUGCCGUUUCCCGUGUUGGCCUCCGUGCUCCUGGGGCUGCUGGCCGGCCUCCUGCCCGGUGCGGGGACGCAGCCGGAGCCGGGGGCCAGAGGCAGCCCCCCCCCCGCCAGUGGGGAGCCCCUCCCCCCGCAACCGGACGCCAACUGCUCCCAGCUCACCCUCAAACUGGAGUUCUCCUCCGAGGUGGUGGAACAUGAAUACAUCGUGGCCUUCACCGGCUACUUCUCGGCCAGAGCCCGCAGCCACUACAUCAGCAGCGCCCUGCGCAGCUCCGCCGGCGGCCUGCUGGAGUGGCACAUCGUCUCCAGGGAGAACCCGGCCUCCCACUUCCCCAGCGACUUUGAGCUGGUGCACAUCCGCCAAGCCCCCCCCCGGCAGCCUGCUGACCUUAGAGGACCACCCCUACAUCAAGAGGGUGACGCCCCAGCGCAAAGUGUUCCGCACCCUAAAGUACACCCCCGAAAGACCCAGGAGGCCGCCCACAGAGCGCCUCUUUGUCCGGCUGAGGGCGCUUUGCUCUGCUGUGGGUGUGUGCUGCAGCCGGGGGCUGUGUGUCUUUAUGAGGAAGGGGUGGGGGGGUACAGAGAGAGUCUGUUUGCUCCCCCAGGCAGGGAGCUGGUGAGUCAGUCCCCAGAAGCUGCCGCUGCGCCCUGCAACGCCUCGGCGGGGAGCCCCAGGUGGCCGUCCUGGCAGUCGUCCCGGCCGUUCAGGAGGAGCAGCCUGUCUCUGGGAUCCGGCUUCUGGCACGCCACCGGCCGCCACUCCAGCCGGCGCCUGCUGCGCGCCAUCCCCCGCCACGUGGCCCAGAUCCUGCAGGCCGACGUGCUGUGGCAGAUGGGACACACCGGCUCGGGCGUGAAGGUGGCCGUGUUCGACACCGGCCUGAGUGAAAAGCACCCGCAUUUCAAGAACGUGAAGGAAAGGACCAACUGGACCAAUGAAAAGACGCUGGACGAUGGCCUGGGCCACGGCACAUUCGUGGCAGGCGUCAUAGCCAGUAUGAGGGAGUGCCAGGGCUUCGCCCCCGAUUCCGAGCUGCACAUCUUCAGAGUGUUCACCAACAACCAGGUGUCGUACACCUCCUGGUUCCUGGAUGCUUUCAACUACGCCAUCCUGAAGAAGAUCGAUGUCCUGAACCUCAGCAUCGGGGGUCCAGACUUCAUGGACCAUCCCUUUGUGGAUAAGGUGUGGGAGCUCACAGCCAACAAAGUCAUCAUGGUGUCGGCCAUCGGCAACGACGGACCUCUGUACGGCACCCUGAACAAUCCAGCUGAUCAGAUGGACGUGAUCGGAGUCGGAGGGAUCGACUUUGAAGACAACAUAGCAAGAUUUUCCUCCAGAGGCAUGACCACCUGGGAGCUGCCAGGGGGUUACGGCCGAGUCAAGCCCGACAUCGUCACCUACGGCUCGGGCGUGCGGGGCUCCGGCAUGAAGGAGGGAUGCCGCUCGCUGUCGGGCACCAGCGUGGCCUCCCCCGUGGUGGCAGGCGCCGUCACGCUGCUGGCCAGCACCGUCCUGAACCGGGAGCUGGUGAACCCGGCCUCCAUGAAGCAGGCUCUGAUCGCCUCGGCCCGCAGGCUGCCCGGGGUCAACAUGUUUGAGCAGGGCCACGGGAAACUGGACCUGAUCCGGGCCUACCAGGUCCUGAACAGCUACAGGCCUCAGGCAAGCCUGUCUCCCAGCUACAUCGACCUGACGGAGUGUCCCUACAUGUGGCCCUACUGCUCGCAGCCCAUCUACUACGGGGGCAUGCCCACCAUCGUCAACGUCACCAUCCUCAACGGCAUGGGGGUCACCGGCAGGAUAGUGGACAAGCCCAUCUGGCAGCCGUACCUCCCGCAGAACGGCGACCACAUGGACGUGGCCAUCUCCUACUCCCCCGUGCUGUGGCCGUGGGCCGGAUACCUGGCCGUGUCCAUCUCCGUGGCCAAGAAGGCCGCGUCCUGGGAGGGCGUGGCCCAGGGCCACGUGAUGGUGACGGUGGCCUCGCCCGCCGAGAACGACUCGGAGGUCGGAGGGGAGCUGACGUCCACAGUCAAACUGCCCAUCAAGGUGAAGAUCGUGCCCACGCCGCCCCGCAGCAAGCGAGUGCUGUGGGACCAGUACCACAACCUGCGCUACCCGCCGGGCUACUUCCCCCGAGACAACCUGCGCAUGAAGAACGACCCGCUGGACUGGAACGGAGACCACAUCCACACCAACUUCAGGGACAUGUACCAGCACCUGAGGAGCAUGGGCUACUUCGUGGAGGUGCUGGGGGCCCCCAUCACGUGCUUCGAUGCCAGCCAGUACGGCACGCUGCUGAUGGUGGACAGCGAGGAAGAGUACUUCCCAGAGGAGAUCACCAAGCUGAGGAGAGACAUCGACAACGGGCUGUCGCUCAUCGUCUUCAGCGACUGGUACAACACCUCAGUGAUGAGGAAGGUCAAGUUCUACGACGAGAACACCAGGCAAUGGUGGAUGCCGGACACGGGGGGCGCUAACGUCCCGGCUCUGAACGACCUGAUCUCCGUGUGGGGGAUGGCCUUCAGCGACGGGCUGUACGAGGGCGACUUCACUCUGGCCGAUCAUGACAUGUACUACGCCUCGGGCUGCAGCAUCGCCCGCUUCCCAGAAGACGGGAUCGUCAUCGCCAAGAACCUGAAGGACCAGGGCCUGGAGGUGUUGAAGCAGGAGACGGCCGUCGUGGAGGGCGUUCCCAUCCUCGGACUGUACCAAACGCCCUCGGACGGGGGGGGUCGCAUCGCCCUGUAUGGGGAUUCGAACUGCAUAGACGACAGCCACAGGCAGAAAGACUGUUUUUGGCUCCUGGAUGCCCUGCUGCAGUACACCUCCUACAGCAUGACCCCGCCCAGCCUCAGCCACUCCCACAGCAGGGUGGCCCCCCCCACGGGGGCAGACCGUCCGCUGCCACAGAGGCUGGAAGGAAACCACCUCUACCGCUACUCCAAGGUUCUGGAGGCCCACCUGGGGGACCCGAAGCCCCGCCCCCUGCCCGCCUGCCCCCACCUGUCCUGGGCCAAGCCGCAGCCCCUCAACGAGACGGCGCCCAGCAACCUGUGGAAGCACCAGAAGCUGCUCUCGGUGGACCUGGACAAGGUGGCGCUGCCCAACAUGAAGGCCUACCGGCCCCAGGUCAGGCCUCUGUCCCCGGGGGAGAGCGGGGCCUGGGACAUCCCCGGAGGGAUAAUGCCGGGCCGCUACAACCAGGAGGUGGGCCAGACCAUCCCCGUCUUUGCCUUCCUGGGGGCCAUGGUGGUGCUGUCCUUCUUCGUGGUCCAGCUCACCAAAGCCAAGAGCAAACCCAAACGCAGGAAGCCGCGCAUCAAGCGCCCCACCUACCUGCAGCAGCAGCAGGCGGCGGCGGGGGGGGGCAAGGCGCCCGCCGUCUGAGCGCCGUCUGGACGCCACCGCCCCGGUCCUGUGCCUCUUUGUGUGGACCAAUGGACAGAAAACACACACCUGGACCUGAACACGCCCCCGCCCACCCCCCCUCCUCCUUUACGACCAAACGCCUUCUUUACUAAUGAACAUCUGACUUUAAUAUUUAUUGAAUUUGUUUGUACAGCCGGAGGGCAGCCGGGUCAAAGGUCAGGCGGAGUCCGCUGCGGGGUGAUCCUGAGUCGUGCCCACCUCUGUGUCUUUUCAUUGUUUUUAUAUUUUCUAUGAUGAACGGCCUGCGCAGGCCGGCUGCCGCUCACUCAGUGUCGCCCACGGACUCCCCAGAUAUAUCUCAUCCAUUAAAAAGCAUUACCAAAGUUCCCUGGGCUGCUUUCUUCAGGAAAAUGGUCAAAGGUAAGGCCACAUGUUUGGUUUUGAACCAGAUUUUAACAGUAAAUCUGAGGACAAAGGCUUUGAGUUAAUAAUCAUAGAUAAUACGUUU